AUGGUUGGAAUUGAAAAGUUAUAGAAGGAUUUAUGGAAGGCAGAUCAAGUAAAUAGAUUAGAUAAAGGUUUUUAAAUAAUUUGGAUCCAGAAAUCAAUUAUAAAAAGUUAAGUCCAAUGGAAGAUAAAAUAGUUUUAGAAUCGUAUAGUUUUAUAAGAUAUAGAUUUGAUUUAACAUAAAUAAUCGUAUUUAUGAUCCAAAAUUGAGUGAAAUUGCAAAGAUGUUAGAUAGAAGACCUGUAUUAUUGUAUUUAAAUCAUAGGAAAAUUAAGCAAAGAACAGAUUUUAUUAUUUAUUAACUUUUAGAAACUAUUUAAUACAUCAAAGAAGAGCAUGAUAAUAUAAAAAGGAUUCAAUAAUUCAUUCAUAAAUAUUCAAAAUCAGAUUCCAUCUAAUAGAAUACAACCUUCAAUUAAUUUAAGGAUUAGAUUCUUUUGAUUCAAAAUAAUUUGAGGAUAUUUAUUCACAAGACAUUACUUCUUUUCCUUAAAGAAGAAUGUAAAUGGAUGAUAGUCCAAUUAAUUUUUUGA